AAAGGAUCGGAUACGGUAGACAUAAGUGAUUUGCUCGAUUCAGGAAUUGCUGACAAAUCUGUAAUUAUAAAUAUAAAGGAGAAGCUAGGGGAUAGUCCGUGGAACAUACAGAAUUUAAUAGACUUAGGCUUAAACAUAAUUCAAAAAGACAACAACAAAAACGAUAAUGACGAUAAUGAAGAUAAAGACAACAACGCCAACAACGAUAACAACGACAACAACGAUAACAACGACAACAACGAUAACAACGACAACAACGAUAACAACGACAACAACGAUAACAACGAUAACGAACUAGAGCAGAAACAUGACAGCAGUGACAACAUCAUAUCCGAAAGUGAGGAAGCAUGUGAGGAAGCAUGUGAGGAAGCAUGUGAGGACGCAUAUGGUAGUGAACAGAAAGCUACAGGGGAAAAUCCAAGCGAAGAUGACGAAUUUUACAAUAAAAAAAUAAAAUUUAAUACUUGUGAAAGUAUAGAAGAAACACUCAAGGUCAUGAUACAGGGAAAUUUCAUUAGUUUACACCCUAUUGUUAAGGAAUUUGUCUUGUUAUUAUCCUUUCUAUUUAGCUGUAUAAGGGCGGAAUGCAGCAAAAAUGGGGACGAAAAUACACACAGUUAUAACAAUGGCUAUGAUAUUGGAAGUGGUGAUAUUGGGGGUGAGGACGUUGAUGGCGAUGGAACUGAUGAUAGUGAUAAAAGUAAAAGAACAUUUUUUCGGAAAAGGGCAAUCAAGCAGCACACAGUGGCGGGAGACACAAAUGACACAAAUUUAUGCACAAGUCAGAAUAAAAAAAAAAAAUUCAAAAUAAAAUUUAUGAACAUGCACAGUGAAAAUGAUAGUACCUUUUAUACAAAUUUAAGUUCAAAAGAAGAAGAUAAUAUAUUAAAUAAAGAUGCUUCAGAUAGCAUUUUUACCAAGUACUUUUAUAAAAAGUCCAGAAAGAAUAAUUGCAUAUGUGAAUUGAGCAGUGACAAUAUUUUUGGCUCAAAGUGCAGGGAAAGGGACCUCACAGGGUGUAAUACGCACACCAGCUACAACAGAAACUAUUAUGAAAAAUACAGACAGUCGUACGACAAACCAUACCUCGAAGCGCACUGUAAACCAUUUAAGACCAAACCGGAUAGAUACCUCCACCAGUGCUGCUUUAACGAGAGCAUGCUGAGGACUGGUGCCACAUCCAUCCUUUUCAAGUUAAGUAAAAAGGACAAACAAGAAUAUAACAUAGAGGAUAUUGAGCAGGCGCUAAAUCAAGAGAAUAUAAGCAAAGUUUGUGAGAGCAUUUACAAACACCUGCACAAAAUAAGAAAAAUGAAAAAUAGUCAGUUAAUAAAAAAAAGCAUAAAUCUUAUAAUGAUACUGCUAUACCUGACAUAUAUAUAUUUCGGUUUAUAUUUCCUCAAAACGAAGAAUAUAUACAUGAAGUUACACAAUUUGUAUAAACAGUUCAUUGAAUAUAAGAACAAGAAUGAUAAUAUAAAAAAUAAAUUAAAAAAAAAAAUGGAAGAAUAUUUAGAAGAAUUAAAAAUUAACGAACAGUACAUAGAAGAAUGUGAGAAAUACAAAGGUGGAUACACAGAAUUGAAAAAAGAAAAUGAAAAACUAAAAAAUUGUAAUAAUGUUAUUCAAAGAUUAAAAAAAAAGAUUACUUUAAUGGAAAAUGAAAAAAUUAUGAUCAUCAAAAAAAAAGAAGAAUUAGAAUUCAUUAUUAAACAAAAAAAUAUAUUAAUAGAGAGUAAAAAUAAAAUAAAAGACAGUGAAACAGAAAUAAAAAGAAAUCAUUUUAAAAAGACAAAGUUAGUCCAAAAGAAGGAUUGCACUAUAUCGAAUACCUUUAAAAAUACUAUCACUACCAGUACAUGUAGAAACUUCAUUAAUCAUAAGAGAGGGCACUCAUCAGAAGAAAAAAGCACAAUGCUAAUGGGGAAAUGCAUGGAAAAUAGUUAUCUACACGUAAUGAAUACCCACAACACGGGUGGAAGUACAUACUACAAGGAAACGCAGGUUGGGAGAAGGAUCUCUGUAGCAAGCAAGGCUGUUCAGGCGGUAGAACCAACUUCGUUAGGGUUACAUCCACUGGGGAAGGUAGAAGCAGAAGGAGUAAGUAACACGGGUAAGGGAGACACAGAAGGAGAAAACAACACAAAAGGUAAAGCAGAGUACGGGCAAACGAGGGUGAGCAAGAAGGGGAGGGAGGGAUCUAUCCCCAUAGGAGGGAAGAGCAAUCCAAAGGAAAAUAUGACAAAAUGUAAAAAUGACGAUUCAAAAAAAUCAUGUAUAUAUAAGAAUGGAACAGGUGUAUAUACCUGUAGGGGUAAUCCUUUGUUAAAUAUGCCAUCAGGUGAAGAAGCACAUGGUAGAAGUAUUUUAAGAUAUAAUGAUAAUUAUUUUAUGUUGUCCUCUAGAUAUGAAAGGGAAAAUUGGUCAGAAAGAUUAACUGAGAGUAGAUUUAAAAAGUGCUAUCUUCAUUAUGAAGCAGCAAAUAUGGAAGGAGCAAAUGAAUAUAUUUAUAAUGAAAUAAUAAAUAUGAAUAGGAGAAUAUUCAUUGAGGAUAUAUUUCAUUACUUAAUAAGUGAUUCUCACAUUUUUAAAGAAUUUGUAUUCGACAGAAUGUUCAUUUAUGAAAGUUUUAAUUUUAAUUUUAAAGAGAAUCGAACUAAUGGGUAUAGUAUUUUAAAUGAUAACACCCUAUGGAACAGCAUUUACUAUUUUGUUAAUUUACUUGUUCGUCUUUCUCGUACAUUUUGUAAUAUCAAAAGUAUUACAUACUCGAGUAAGGAAUUUAUUAGUAGUGAUUUCAAACAUUUGGACGAGUUUUUUCAUUCCAUUAUUUUUAAGGAGCAAUAUUUGACCCAAGGAGGGGAUGAUUAUCCCUGUUCUUCGGUGAAAUAUAUGAGACUGAUGAGACACAUCUUUCAUUUAAUAUGCGAAAGGAAUACCUAUUUAUUAGACUUGAACAGAAUGGAUGAAAACUUUGAUAAAGGUACUGACAAAGAACAGAUCAGUGCAACGUUUUUAGUAAAUGAUGAAAUAGAUCCAUUACCAUCCAACACAACUCCUUUUUUUUCUUCAUAUAUUUUUAAUCGCAAUUAUGGUGGAAGUAGGGGUAGAAGCCUUUAUAUGGUUGAUGGCGUUGAUAUGGUUGAUGGCGUUGAUAUGGUUGAUGGCGUUGAUAUGGUUGAUGGCGUUGAUAUGGUUGAUGGCGUUGAUAUGGUUGAUGGCGUUGAUAUGGUUGAUGGCGUUGAUAUGGUUGAUGGUGGUGAUAUGGUUGAUGGUGGUGAUAUGGUUGAUGGUGGUGAUAUGGUUGAUGGUGGCAAUUACCAUCAUGAUGAUGGCUAUUAUUGCUGUUAUAACAAGGAUAGAGGCAUCCAUGAUGAGUUAAUUCACAGAGGGAGAUCACAAGUAGACAUGAUUUUAAAAAAAAAAAAAAAAAAAAAUUGUAUUGGUAUCUUCCUUCCUCUACUUAAUAAACAAUAUUUUUUGCGUACUUAUAGUAUGAAAGAAGAAGAAAAGAACGCUAAAAUUUUGUACAAUAAAAUGGAUCAGACAUGUAAGAACCUCGACCACAUAGGAUCAAAAAACACAAACAAUAACAACUACUCCUUUUUGUGCACACAGAUACAACAUCCUAACACCAUUGUCAAUACAAUUGAUUACAAAAAUAUUAAAUCAAUUGCCAAAGAAAUGCAUCAAUGUAACAUGAAGAGAUACAACCAUACUCAAAUGCACUCUAGGAAAUGUGUUCUCACACGUUCUGCAAGUGAUGGCUGUCUUUACAGUAGCAUUACACGUAAAAGGCGCUCUGCACAUACACGAAAUGCUGCUUAUAUGUUACAUGAAUUGCGCGCAUCGCCUAUUCCGCGCAACUCUGACUACGUACAGUCACACAGAGAACACCUAAUCAACAUUUCCUUUUUAAAACCCCCCUUUUACAAAAACUUUUCAAAUGCCAAGUUUACAAACUUUUACAUCAACGCGAACAGUCAAGUUAUAUAUGCUUCUAAUCUGUUUGAGUGUGAAAAAGGUUAUUUCUAUUUACGUAAACAUAUCAGUCCAAUUGUGGCCUGUUCAAGUUGGGCAAGUCCAAGUAGCAUCAAUUCAAAAGCCAACAUGAGUUUCCACGGGGAAAUCUUUCAACAUGUGAGACACAAACACAAAUGGUAUGAACACGCAAGGAAGAAAACAAAAACAAAUAGCACCAUACAAAGCGCAAUAAACACUGUAAAGUCAAAAGUACAGGGAAAACCAAAAGAAGGAAGGGAUAAAUUGCUACCUUAUCAGAGUUAUCUGCUCCAUUUGCCUGAACAAAGCAAUAAUAAAAAUCUCUUCCUAAAAAGAGAGCGUAUAAAUGAUCAGAAAAAGAAAAAUGCUAACAAGCGUUUACGUACAUUAACAGAUAUCAUAGUGCACGGAAGAGGUAAAUAUUUAACUAACAAGAAAAAACACACAAGAUGGAAAGGAUUAAAAAAGAACCUCCAUUCUAGAAGGGAAGAAAGGAUACAAAUACAUGCAGAUAGUGAUAUGGCAGAGAAGAGAAGACGUAGAUAUAUUAUAAGGAAGCAGAUUUGUCAAAAGAAUGUACAACAGGUUAAAGGAUAUGUGUUAUGUUCAAGUAAGCAAAACGGGAGAAGAGAUCGAAAAGAUGGAAAAGGAGAAUUAAAAGAAAAGGUAAACCUUAAGAACAAAUUAACUAUGGUCAAUAUGUUCAACUUCAACAGAGCAUUACACCUGUCCCUGUUCAUUAAAUUGAUAAAAAGAACUAGUCAUAUAUAUAAGGAAGUGUUUCUAACGAAUAUACAAGAUGGUAGGUUUUUAUCUAGUGAUGAUAAUAUUAUAGUCAUAAGGUAUUCUAGUCUUAAAAAAAAAAAAUAUAGCAAUGAUUUUCACGAUGAAAUUAAUCCAUUUAUAAGGAGGAUAUACUUUACCCCUACGUUACACAAUUGCCUCUUCUUCCCAUUUUGUUCUACUUUCUCACGUAUUUAUAGAGCCUUUAGUUUGCUAAAAAGAAAGAAAGAGCAUUUUAAAAGGAAGAGUUGUCCUUAUAUCGUAUGUCCUAACGCAUCUGGUAUUUCUUUGCUCAAGUGGAGUGAUGUCAAAAGGAAAAAGAACAAAAAAAAAUAUAAAAAUCGACGUGCAGUAGUGAAUACCAACUACGGUACCGUUAAAAAGGAAGAAGCAAAAGAAAGGGAGAAAGAGUGGCAGCAAAACAAAAAGCAUCUUCAUAAAUAUGUCAACACAAAUUACUCAUACCACUUAGCAAUAACAAAAUCCUUACGCAUUUUGGCCUUAUCGAUAUUCGUUCUUUUUCUCUUCUUGGUAGAUGCUUAUAUGCUAAACAGUUAUAUAUUUUCUUCUCUCUUUUAUUUCUUAUGUUUCUUGCUGUUCCUUUUUAUGUCAUUAUUUAGAACCAUGUUAUAUAUAAUCAUCACUCCUUUAAAUAAAAAAAUUAUAACACAAGAAGUUUUAGACUUUUUUUCCAUUCAUCUUGUUCAAAUGAUCAAUUACUUACGCCUGUGUCUGUAUCGGGAUGGUACUUACAUAGAAUACACAUAA